UUCUUCUGCAGAGUUUCUUUUAGGCCUGGCUUAAAGAAUUAACUCAAAGAGACAAACGUAGGCAAAGUAGUGCAAAAAAAUUUAUGAAAAUUAAAGGAAAUUGAAAAGCAAAUUGUUUGGAAAUUAUACGCAACGGUUAAAAUGUAAAACUCGAAGGCGCUUAAUUUGAAAAAUUCAAAUUAAAAAAAAUGCAGCAUGGAUCCAUAGCCAAUCGCCUACAAAAACAGGAAGCCCUGCCAAAUGCGAUUUCUGGGCCCGAUUCUGUCAAUUGGACACCUUUGCAUGAAGCCGUUGCCGCUGGAGAUGAUAAACGUGUGGAAGUCUUACUCUCCUCCAGCUCCAGUCAUACAGAUCGCUUGGCCAAGGAAUCAAAUCAUGGCAAUACAGCAUUACAUGAGGCGGCCAGUCGUGGUUUUAGCCGUUGUGUGAAACUAAUUUGCGCCAAGCCACUGCAAACCAGCAAGGAAAAGUCCUCGUCCAACGGUGGUGGCAAGGUCAAGGCAAGGGUGGCAGCAACCACCAUAGAAGCCCUACAUAACAGCACAUUGGGCAUUAUCAACAAUGAGGGUUUGUCCGCUCUCCAUUUGGCCGCUCAAAAUGGUCAUAAUCAAAGCUCACGAGAGCUUUUGCUAGCUGGAGCCGAUCCUGAUGUUCAAAAUAAUUAUGGCGAUACACCAUUACACACUGCCUGUCGAUACGGACAUGCUGGCGUUACCCGGAUUCUACUUUCCGCCCUAUGUGAUCCAAAUAAGACGAAUCUGAAUGGUGAUACCGCCUUGCAUAUAACAUCGGCCAUGGGUAGACGAAAAUUAACACGAAUCCUAUUGGAAGCCGAUGCUCGUUUAAGUAUAAAGAACGCCCAAGGCGAUUGUCCUAUGCAUAUAGCAAUUAGGAAGAAUUAUCGUGAGAUUAUAGAGAUACUCAAUACACCACGUCGUAUACGUAAUCGCAAAGAGAAGCAUUCCAAGGAUGAAAAGGUAGAUAGAAAUGGAGAACGAGAUAAAGAUAGAGAUAGUGUGGAUAAAGGAAUAAAUUGGUCACCCUAUGGAUGUCAUUAUUUUCCCGAUCCUCGAGCAUUUCCCUCACCCAAAUUGGAAACCCUACCCAAAGAACCUUUGCGUCCAGGAGAACAAUACUAUUUGGACUUGGCUGGGCAUAUACACAAGGGACAAGUCAGCGUGGGCAAUACUUGCUAUUGUGGUCCCUUCUUUCGGCACAUUGAGAACAAAUUGAAUUGUAAUCGCAAGAGUUUAAAGAAAUACGUACACAAGACCAAAGAGCGGCUGGGACACAAGGUGCAAGCGUUGGCCAUCAAGACAAACGAUCAGAUUGAGCAACUGACGCGUACAAUGAUUGAAGAUCGCUUGAGAUGUGAGAGUAAAAGGCAAUAUUUGAAUGAGUUUCUAAUGCGUGGCAAUCCCCAGAGGCAUUCCACAUCAUUCCAUCACAAUAGAUCAACCCUGGAGAGGACUCUAUCACGUUGUCGGAGUCUGGAACUAUUGGAAAAGCACAUGGAGAAUCGUACAAUGAAAAAUUCGCGAUCUGUUGAUGGUCUCGAAGAGGAAGACGAUGAGGAUGAUCAAAGUGUACCAGGAAUUGGAGCAGCUGUCGAAGCGAUUGUACAUCGCACCGAAGAAGAAAGUGAGGAUAAUGAAACAGAGGAGGAUGAGGAGGCAGAGCAGAUAUUAGCAGAAAAUCCACUACCCAUUUCCACACAAGAUCUAGCAAAUGAUGAGCACUCAAAAUUGGAUGAAUUGAAAUUGGAUUUCCUGAAAGUUUCCGAACGUUUAGGUGUCCUCUUAGAGAAGACCACGUUGAUAAUGGAACGGGAUAGCGAGCAAGAGCAAAAGUUACCAAUCUCAUCACCACUCUCAUCUCUGUCGCCUCCCUUCAAACCCAGUCCGGAUCGCCCCGAAUCCCUUAACCACCUGAGGGGGGAGGACAAGGAGAGUGAUGAGUAUACACAUGUUCUGCGACGCUAUCCCAACUCUAGUGAAACCUCGAAUCCCUCGCAAAAUAGUUGGGAAACCUGUACACCAUCACCUAGAUAUUAUCCACGUUUCGGACGCGGUGAGAAUAUGUUGAAUUCUGUAAUCAAGGCGCUACGCAAGGAUGCGGAACUCAAUCAAGAGCAAGAAGAUGCCGUGAAGACCGCUGCACGCAAUGAGAGCCUUGGCGAGCGUUUGGUUAACGAUAAAUUACUCUAUAAAGAGGAGGCUAAUCUGAAGAGGCAACCACUUUGCCUGGAGCAAGAGAAUCUACGACAUUUACCCAUAAUGUCGAAUCUUUUCUAUUCAAAUCCUAUACGGGAAUACAAUGAAGAAUAUGGCAACGAGGAAAUGGAAAUUCAUGGAAACGGCGUGCUUGAAAAUAAAGUUGAAAUUCGAAAUAGUGAGAUCAAAUGUUUGAAAAAGGCCAACAAUUUUCAUCCCAUGCAAGCAAGUGCUAGUACUCCAUCACCCACCUAUAGUAUACCCCAUCGGACAGCUGGCCAUCUUGCGCAGCAAUCGCAAUUUGGUUUACCUGUCAUCCAUGCCACCACACAGCAAAUGCCACAAAAUUUCGUGCCCAAAGAUGCCUAUUUCCAUGAAUUGCCGCAUCGUCGCAAAAUCAUUUCGAAUUCGGGCUAUUUACCAAAUCCACAUCCGCCACCACAACCAAAUGCAAAUAUCUUUAAUCACCCGCAUCCGCAUCCGCAUACCCAGGGACAUUCGCAGCCGCAAGUUCUGGCAACGCAGCGACCCAUAAAUGAAUACGUUAGUCUCAGUCGAAGUGCUCAACAUUUGGCCGGAUAUGCUCCAAGUCCUCCCAUGGCCUCCGCUGGCUCUUCGAUGGCCUGGCAAAAUCGUCCAGUUAUUGGCGAUUUGGAUUUAGAUGAUAUUGGCUUAUAUAGUAAUAAUGUAUCCAGUCUGGUUUAAAAAACAUUUCUAAUUGUAAAUAAUUUAUAACUAAUUUAUAAAACCCAGGUGAAAUUUUCAAAAAAUU